GGUCUCUGGUUCAUGGUGACCUUCUCUUAUAAUGGUGACCAGUGCAAUAUUACCGAAUGUUUUCCCGUUAAAUAAAAUUUCCAAUAAACAUAUGCAAAAACAUAUGCAUAAACAUAUGAUAUGGCGGAUACCUGGAUUAAGAUUUAUAUUUAGCCUAAAAUGGUAGGCAGUAGCAGCUAUUUACACUUUGUAUUACAGGGAAAAGAGUUGAGUCUUAGUUGAGCUGUAGUACUUAGUGUCCUGUGUCUCCCUUCAGAUAUCGACUCACCCAUCGAAAGACGGAUUGUCACUCGGAUUGUCAAAAUCAGCGAAAAGAGGAUUUCAAAAGCUUAUUGAAAAGCUGCAUGUCAGGUUAAAGUAUACAUUGAACAAUAAACCACUGGACGAGGAUACUGUGGACGGGAUCAACUAAAACCAGGAAACAUGGACAAUUUGGACUUCAAAUUGAAUUUUCUGUCGCUGAUUCUCUGUGUUGGUAUUGGGGCAUGUAUGGGACAAGUCACAUUGAGAGCAGAAUUCAGUAUGGUUGGUAUAUCAGGCAACAUUGACUUCACAGAGGAUGGCAGUGACAUCACCAUAGCAACCAGUCUACAGGGUGUCACAGAAGACAUGCAGUGGGAGAUCCAUGAAUACCCUGUAGAUUGGGACAAGGCAGAACAUUGCAGUGAUUCUGUCUUAGGCUCGAGGUUCCAAGAUACAGAUGGUAAUCUAACGGAUCAGUAUGGUGUUAUCACAGCAGCCAAUCAGAAUUCAAUUUCUGUGAGUAACACGGUCCUAAAGCUCUCAACAACAGAUGCAAGUAUUGCAGGAAGGUCUGUAUUGGUGUAUACACCAAGUAUGCGUGCAUGUGCAACCAUCAACAACAUAAAUGGCUACUACACUGCCAUGGCAACCUUCCCAGCAUCCAUUGGGGGACGUGUUGUAUUUAGGCAAGCCAACCAAACAAAUGCUGAGAUGUCCAUACUCUCAGAACUGUUCUUUAUUGAUGGUACAAGUGUGGCGAUAAAUGGCACGACCACGCAACUGGAAAUCUAUACAGGAUCUGUUUCAGCUGAUUUGGGAGAGUCAGUGGCUGUAGCUGACCGUUGCACAAAUAUUGGGAGUAUAUUCAACCCUAGUGGGGCCACAGGUAAUAAUGUACCAGGGGUUGUAGGACCUGUAUCUGUAGAUGUUUCUGAACCUACGAGCAAAACAUUUCAGAAUAACAAUGCAAAAAUAUCUCUGACUGGGACAAACAGCAUAGUAGGGAAAUCACUUGUGGUAGUAUCAGGUGGUACUGUCAUUGCUUGCGCUAACAUUAUUGCAAUUGAAUCAAAAACUGUGAUGGCAACAUUUGAUAUGGAUGGAGUUAAGGGAUCAGUGAGCUUUACACAGGCAUCUCCUUUUGAUGUGACACACACCAACAUCGAGUUCACUGGGUUACAGAGUCUGGCUGGUGGCUUCCAUAUUCAUCUUUACCCAGUGCCUCCAAGGUUCACUGAAGAUGCCACACAGUGCAGUUCUGCAUCUGUGGCAGGUCACUUCAACCCAUUUGGCAUCUCAAGCUACCCUGCUCCUGGAUCAGGAACAAAUGAUCAGUAUGAGAUUGGUGACUUAAGUGGAAAAUAUGGCAAUAUUUUAGCAUCUCAAAGUAAUGUCACAAGUUCUUUUACAGACUGGAAUAUGCCUUUAUGGGGUGUUAACAGUAUAAUUGGUCGCUCUGUAGUUAUACAUAAGGCAAAUGAUGGUAGUCGAUGGGUGUGUGCCAGUAUAGGGUACCCGGGAGAUGUGCGCACAGCCAAGGUGACCUUCACUUACCCUGUCAUUGGACACAUGAUAUUCCGGGAGCCAAUGAAUGAGCCUCUUGGACAGACUACUGUAUAUGUUGAGCUCAUGUAUGGUAAUGGUGAAACACCAAGUGUUGAUCACAAAUGGCAUGUACAUGUUGAUCCCAUUAAAGCAGAUUUCAUGAGUGAUACUGGUCGGUGUGCAAGUUGUCAGGGGCACUAUAACCCAUACUCAGUGGACCUGAGUGCCACCUAUUCAUCCUGUUCCAGCUCAAACCAACUCAGGUGUGAAGUUGGUGACCUUUCAGGAAAACAUGGCAAGAUUGGUAUUGGUAACUCAGGAAGUGGGCUUUGGUACCAUAACUUUUACACUGAUAUUGACCUUCCACUGAAUGGUCCACAGUCUAUCGUAGGACGCUCUGUAACCAUUCACGCUAAGGAUAGUGGAGCUAGUCGUCUUGCAUGUGCUAAUAUACACCUGGAAAAUGCAGUCAAGGUGCGAGUAUCUACCUGGGUGACAUCGCCCCCUGAUGGGGAAGUUGCCAUUGAGCAAAGCACCCUAUUUGAUCCCACAAUCCUCUCUGUUGGUUUUACUGGACUUGCACAGGAGAUUAGCAGCUACCAUGUUCAUGAGUUCAGUAUUAAUGGGGAUGAAGAGGUGGAAUGUUCAGGUGCCUCUGUUGGUGGACAUUUCAAUCCAUUCCAGGUAUCAACCUUCCCCGCUGCAGGCACAGGAACUACAGAUGAAUAUGAAAUAGGAGAUCUUAGCGGAAAAUUUGGCGGCGUCACAAAUCUAAAUACAUAUGAUGCAACAUUAUCAGAUUUCAAUCUUCCAGUAUCUGGACCACAAAGUAUAGUUGGCAGAUCGAUUGUCCUUCAUAAGACAACUGAUGGGUCCCGUGUGACAUGUGGAAACAUAGAAAAUGUGCUGCCAUCUGGGAGUCAACUGAUCACUGCCACUGCUAAAUUUGAAGGCACAGUAGAGGGAAAGAUAGAAUUUAGCCAAGUAAAGUACAGUGAUGGCACUCUAGGUAAUACAAACAUAGAAGUCCUUCUGGAAUAUGCUGUUAGCAGUAAUCAGACAACUGGACACAAUUGGCAUGUUCAUGUGUACCAACAAGAAGAUGGAGAAUCAAGUACAUGUACCAGCAAUGGAGGUCACUACAACCCCUUCCUUGUUGCCAUUGAUGUGAGUACAUUUAUAUUUUAG